AAACCAACGACCUGCUUCUCCACAAAAUUGUGUACACGAGCUUCAACGAACUUUCUCGAACCAACUUAGCAUUGAGCGAACCUGAGGUGACCAAUCUGCUAUAUUUCUUCUAGUUUUUGCGUUUUGAUCAUCGGAUUCCGGUAUGGGUGCACCGGACGACGACGAUAGCGACACCGUAAUUAUUCAGAAGGGGAAGAGAGGCGAGGAGCCUAGUGUAAUUACGGUGAAUUGUCCUGAUAAAACCGACCUCGGUUGCGAUAUCUCUCGUACCAUUCUCGAUUUCGGUCUCCGCAUAAUCAAAGGAGAUGUUUCAACGGAUGGGAUAUGGUGCUAUGUGGUGUUAUGGGUGGUUCCUCAGUCUUCCUCAUAUAAAGUAAGAUGGAAGAAUUUGAAAGAGCGCCUUGUAUCAGUUUGCCCAUCAUGCUCUGAUUCAUUUUAUUUGAACCAACCAUCGCCACACGCAAUUUCUUCUCCUGUUUACUUGUUGACAUUUUGUAGCUCAGACCGAAGAGGAUUAUUACAUGAUGUUAACCAAGUUCUCUCUGAGCUCGAGCUUACCAUCCAAAGGGUAAAAGUGACAAAAACUCCGGAUGGCCAUGCGGUAGACCUUUUCUUUAUAACAGACAACUUAGAGCUCUUACAUACGAAAGCUAGGCAAGAUGAAACAUAUGAGCAGUUGCGUGCUGUUUUGGGCGAAUCAUGUGAUUUUGAGCUUCAGUUAGCUGGCCCUAAGUAUGACAACCUUCAGUAUAUCUCUUCUCUUGCUCCAUCUGUUGCUGAGGAAUUAUUUAGGUGCAAAAUCGGAGAUAACGAAUUUCAUGCACAAGCUCUUAGUUCAGAUAUGACAAAGUUGAAGAAGGCUAGUGUGACAAUAGAUAAUUCCCUGAGCCCUGGUCAUACGUUGCUUCAGAUUAGUUGCAUUGAUCACAAGGGUUUUCUUUAUGACAUUAUGAGGACAUUGAAAGACUUCAGUAUUCAGAUUUCUUUUGGUCGGUUUUCACCAUUUAAUAAGGGUCAACGAGAAUUAGACCUUUUUAUCCGGCAGAAGGAUGGAAGAAAGAUUGUAGAUCCAGAGAAACAAGAUGCAAUUUGUUCUCGCUUGAAAGUGGAAAUGCUUCACCCUUUACGCGUUAUAAUAGCAAAUCGUGGACCAGAUACUGAACUUUUGGUUGCAAAUCCUAUUGAGCUAUCUGGAAACGGUAGACCCCGUGUUUUCUAUGAUGUCACACUGGCAUUAAAGAAUCUUGGGAUCUGCAUCUUCUCGGCGGAGAUCGGAAGGCAUUGUACAACAGAACGUGAUUGGGAAGUUUACAGAAUCCUGUUAGACGAUAACUGUAAUAUUGACAUGUCAACUAUGGUUGGUAGAAAUCGGAUUGUAGACAAAGUAAGAAGAACAUUGAUGGGUUGGUGAGCCAGACCUGUUUGGUGAUCCCUUUGUGUAGUUUAUUACUACGUAAUUGUUAUUAUAUCUAGCUGAGCUUUUUGUUUGGUUGGUAGUGUUUGUAUACCUAUAUGUAUCUUCUUCAUGUAACUCAGUCUUUUCCUCAUUUAUUUUCUCAAUCUCGUAUCAUAUUGAUGUUUGAGAAAUAUUCUGACCAUUAUCUUGGCAGUCCCAUUAAAUCCGAAUUCUGAAA